CUCCGGACGGGAAAGCAGAAGCAGAUCAAUGGCUCGUUCAAGCCGGGAGCCGCCGGCGUCCCUCACGGAUGGCAGAUGCAGUGCCUAGGCCCCGCCCACCAGGACAACGCCAACAUGAACGACGCCGAGCAGGCCGACAUCCUGCCGCCCAACUGCAUGGUCAAGGACAGAUGGAAAGUGUUGAAGAAGAUUGGCGGCGGCGGUUUCGGCGAGAUCUACGAGGCCCUGGACCUGCUGACACGGGGAGACGUGGCCCUCAAGGUGGAGUCGGCCCAGCAGCCCAAACAGGUCCUCAAGAUGGAGGUGGCAGUGCUCAAGAAGCUGCAGGGUAAAAACCACGUGUGCAAGUUCAUCGGCUGCGGCAGGAACGACAAGUUCAACUACGUGGUGAUGCAGCUUCAGGGUCGCAACCUGGCCGACCUGCGGCGCAGUCAGCCUCGGGGGACCUUCACCAUGAGCACCACGCUCAGGCUGGGCAAGCAGAUCCUGGAGUCCAUUGAGGCCAUCCACUCGGUCGGAUUCCUCCACCGGGACAUCAAACCUGUAAACCGCGACGCCGGCGGACGCCCGAUCCCGCGCUCGCCGUCCGCCGGGGCUCAGGUAUGUCUCUGCGUGUCUCUCUUUUUUUUUUGGGUGUUCCCGUGGGCUCAGUCCAACUUCGCCAUGGGUCGCCUGCCGUCCACGUACCGCAAGUGCUACAUGCUGGACUUCGGUCUGGCCCGCCAGUACACCAACACCACCGGCGAGGUCCGGCCGCCGAGGACGGUGGCGGGUUUCCGAGGGACGGUUCGCUACGCUUCGGUCAACGCUCACAAGAACAAGGAGAUGGGUCGCCACGACGACCUGUGGUCGCUCUUCUACAUGUUGGUGGAGUUUGCGGUGGGCCAGUUGCCUUGGAGGAAGAUCAAAGACAAGGAGCAAGUGGGUCAAAUCAAAGAACGCUACGACCACCGCAUGUUGCUCAAACACAUGCCGUCCGAGUUCAACGUCUUCCUGGACCACGUCCUCGCCCUGGACUACUACACCAAACCCGACUACCAGCUGCUGAUGUCGGUGUUCGAGAGCAGCACGAAGGAGCGAAUGGUCGCCGAGAACGAGCCUUUCGACUGGGAGAAGGCCGGAGGCGACGUCGCCGCCUCCGCCGGCGCCUCCGCCCAAGCGCAGAACAACACGCGGCCCACCGCCGCCAUGGUCGGGGCCAUCGUGACGCCGCUGCCCGGAGAGCCUCAGCGCGAGAACACGGACGACGUCCUCCAGGACGAGCACCUGAGCGACCAGGAGAACGCCCCGCCCGCUCCCCCGUCGGGCCGCGCCCCCUGCGAGCCGGGCGAGGCCUGGGAGGACACCGACUUCAACCGCAACAGACUCAGGAUCAGCUUGAACAAGGAGGAGGAGGAGGCGGCGGCGGCGGCGGGUCACGCCGCCCGUCCGGUGUCGCCGGUUCGCGGCGGGGCUCCCGAUUCGCCGGCGGGUCCGGGCCGGCCCUUACGAUACCGCCGAGUCAACAGCCCCGAGUCGGAACGGCUGUCGGCCGCCGAGGGACGCGGGGACGCCUGCGGACAGAGGUCUCGCGCGGACGUGCCGGGCUCUCCUUCGCGCCACGUGUACUCGUCGCAGCCGGCGCAGAUGCUGUCGGUGGAUCCCGGUUGCCGCGGCGACCGGCAGGCCAGCGGACGGCAGGAAGCGUCGGCGGCGUCGGGCGACCAGGAGGCGCACAGCAACGCUUUCAUCCGCUCCGUGCCGCUGGCCGAGGAGGAGGACUUUGACAGCAAGGAGUGGGUGAUCAUUGACAAGGAGGCGGAGCUUCGAGACUUCCACCCCACCACGUCGGGCACCACCGACGAGGAGCCCGAGGAACUGCGCCCCCUGGAGGAGCAGGACGAGCGGAGAAAGACCAAGGCGGCGGCGGGUGCGGAUCCGGCGGCGGUCCGCCCCAAGACUCACGGCCGCGACGCUAGCCGCGGAUCGCAGGAGGAGGCGUCCCGGAGGAGGAGCUUCGGCGCCGGCGGGAGCCCCGCCCGCUCGCCGUGCCACUCGCAGCUCUGGGCGCGCCCUCGGCGCGGGGAGUCCGAGCCCGACGGACCGCGGCGACCGGAGCCGCCGUCGUCGCCGCCCUCGCCGCCCUCGCCGAUCGUCCUCUCCGCGGGCGGCCCCUCGCCGCCCUCGCCCGACGACGAGCGGGAGCGCUUCGGCGUCCCGGCCGAGCCGCAGGACGACCGGGGCGACUUUGUGACGGCGACGCCGACGGGAACUCUGCCGCGGCGCCGCGCUUUGGCGGUCCCCGACCGUGCCCCGCCGCAGCCCGGCGGCCCCGGAGACGACGACGACGACGACGUGACCGAAAGCGAAGCCAGUCCCAAGAGCUCCGAGCGCAGCCAGGACGCCGCCCCCUCCACGCUCACGGCCGAGGACCGGAGGGGCGGCGGGGAGCACCCUUCCGAAGCCGAUCCCGACCCGGAGGACGGCUCCAAGACCUUGGUCCUCUUCUCCCCCGGGGACGCCGGCGGGUCCCCCUGCGGAGACCGCGCGCUGGAGGGCGAGUUGUCCGCGCCUUCCGGCCCCACCCCCCGCCGAGAAGGGAUCCCCGCCCUGGGACCGGACGCGCGGCCGUCCGCCCCCGCGGCGCCGGCGUCGCCCCCCUUGGCCAAAGUGGAGCGGACGUUUGUCCACAUCGCCGAGACGUCCCACCUGAACGUCAUGUCUUCCGACGGCCACUCCGAGACCCGUCCGACUGAGAGAAGCCCCUCGGAGGGGGUCCCCGAGGCGCUUUCGCCGGAAGGUCGGAAAUCAUCCGCCGAGGGGGUCUCGGCGACGGGCGAGAAAUCGCAAGCCCCGGCGGCCGUCAAGCCCGCGAUCAGGAGCAGGAUUCCCGUCCCGAUCUCGGAGGAAGACGGCGACCCGUCUUCCCCGCGGUCGGCCCGGGCUCUCCUUCGCAGGCGGGUCCGGUCCGGGACUUGGUCCUCGUUGUCCUCGGCGGACGGCGAGUGUCGCGGGGCUUCGUCGUCCGCCGCCGGGUCGGAGGAGGACGCCCCCAAGAGGAACCGGCCGGGGUCCGUCAGCCGGAUCCCCAGGCCCGUGAGAAGACCUCCCGGGAAAACGGCCGCCGUCGCGUCUCCUCUGGCGUCUCGCGCUCCCAGGAAGGCAAAGAGCCGACAAAGGUCCGCCGCCGCCCGGCCGUCCGGAGCCUCGUCUUCGCGCCCCCGAUCGUCCGUCGGGGACCCGUCGGGGACCCGCCGCGGCAGCCCGAGCUCCGCCCACCGCAGGACCGACAGCCCGUCCCCUCGGAGGGCGGCGGCCCCCUUCGGAGCCUCGUUUUCCGGCCGAGCCCCGACCGCCUCCGGGAACCCGCCGCCGGCCGUGCGGCGCGCCGCCUCGCGAGAGGCCGCCGCCCUCGCCGGGCGCUCUCGCUCCAAAGCGCCGGUCGAGGCCGACCGCGGGGAGAAGGCCGCGCCCGCGAGAUAAUCCAAAUGGACUCCGCUUGCCGUGUUGUUUGCGGACUUCCUGCCGAGUCUCGACUCGGCGUGCUCCGAUCCUCGUGAAUGCUGUAAAUAAUCUUCAACACGAAUCAAUCAAUUUACCUUCGGUCGCCUUGAGGCUACGGCUUGGUUACCCCCCCCCCCCCCCCGCCCGCGCGCCCCCCACCCACUUCUUAUGCAUGACACAAAACCGAACUGACACACACAAAUACAUGCGACGUGACAUACUCA